GGUUGCUAGCGGUUUAACACGCGAACCGCGUUUGCACCAAGUUUUCAGUUCAAAACUACGUCGGGGUUCGAACCGACGGGCCUACGGUGUAACAGUGGUACACGGAGUUUUAGUGUUGUGUGGUGAAGUGAUACAGAUUUUUUUGCCAUGGUCUUGUUAUGGUGAUAAACUGUUGACAUUGGAAUGACCUCCAACGCGGUCACAGUGUGUCAAGCCUCCCUUGAAGAUGAAAUGCUCCUGGCCCACGGCACUGUUCUUUUUGAUAUGCCUAACGCAGACCACUACCGGACAUAGGCCUCUCCCGUUCAAAAGGCUCUGCAAUGAUGUCGCAUCGAAGAGAAAUCACACACUGAAACCUAGAGUUGUUCUGCCGGAAAACUAUGUUAAAGAAAUGCGGCCACCGGCGCGUAAAGGCCAGCCGGUCAUUGUGGAGUUCAGCAUCUACGUGGUAGACGUCAACUCCAUCAAUGUUGAGGAUAUGGAUUUCAGAGUGGACAUGUUCAUAAGACAAACUUGGAGCGAGAGCCGGCUGCAGCUACCAGAAGACAUCUUCGAGGAAGGUGAUGACCACGUGACCCUACCACCAGAAUUCUUCGACAACCUCUGGCAUCCAGACCCUUACUUCUUGAACUCCAAGGUCACAGGAGGAGCAAUGCAUUACAAACCUCGAUCUCCCGAAAUCGCCGAACUUACCCACAAGUUUUCUUCAGUGACGCUGUAUAGGAACCAAACCGUACGGUAUUCAGCCAGGAUGCAUGCGAUCAUCGCCUGCCAAAUGGAAUUUCAACUUUACCCCAUGGACAUACAGUCGUGUCCUAUUUACAUUGAAAGUUUCUCAUACAGUAAUCAAAAGGUGCGGUUUCGUUGGAGCGAAGCUGGUGUCACUAUCAACCCGGAGCUGAAACUCCUGCAGUAUCAUAUUGGGGAGCCGUUGAGGCUUGAGGAGACUAAUGGAUACAUGAUCGAUAAAGACGGUAACUACUCAAGAUUAGUAGUAUACUUCAGGUUCGAGAGGCAGAUCGGUCAUCAUUUGAUUCAAACCUUCGCUCCAUCUUCUCUAGUAGUGAUGCUAUCAUGGUUCAGCUUCUGGUUGGAUCUGGACGCCAUUCCUGGACGAGUGACGUUGCUGGUGACAUGCAUGUUGACGUUGGUCACCAUGUUCACUGGACUGAGGGCUGAUAUUCCACCUGUAGCUUAUGUGAAGGCUUUAGACCUCUGGAUGGCUGGCUGCAUGAUGUUCGUCUUCGCUGCUCUCGGAGAGUUUGUCGUCGUGAAGGUGUUGGACAAGCAGUAUCAGAUGAACAAGACUAAGGCGCAGGAGUCCAUGCCAAGAAUCAUCCCGGUGAUGUUUCGUUAUCUGUGGCAGCGUUUGAAUGGAGAGAAGGGUUCUUGUGGGACCCUGGCAGCUUGGGAGGGGAGUCAGGUCCGGUGCCGCAAGGUGGACCUGACGUCACCAACGUCACCCCCAGCAGCCACUCCGGCAGUGCACCCGGCACCAUCAGCUACCCAUGCCACCGCGCACCUUGUCGGCGUUGAGCGACGGCAGAGCAUACUUCAGGUUGCCUGGCUAGACGCCGACACAGGUCAAGAACGAGUGCUAUGGAGGGAGAUCGACAAACUCUCCCGUGUGGUGUUCCCAGCACUAUUCCUCCUCUUCGUCACCAUGUACUGGCCAGUCCUCCUCCUCAAAACGAAGACCUCCUCAUAACAAUUAGAUUUCUCGAGCCACACUGUCGCUGCCUAAAACAUUGAUCAUGAAUCAAUGUUGUACGAGUAGAAAGGCUUCAGUAAUGCCUACAAUGUCGACUGAAAGUCAUAUAGGCACAAAAUGAAAGGCUUUACUGAAUCGACUAGGUUAUUACUUAUUAAGCCUUUAGAAUUAUUUCGUAUGAAAUAUCAUAUUGGAGAUUUUUUCGUGUUGGUUUUGUCGACGAUUAAAGGAAAGGUAACCGCAGUGAUGAAUUUUUCUCGCGUGACGUCACAUAAAGCUGUCGAGGCGAGUUUUUUUUUGGUUCAUAAACUUAUUCUAAUGUCAAGACAUUUAUACUGAGUGCUUUAGUAGUUUGGCUCGAAGAUAAAAAGACAAAAACCAAGAUAAAGUAUCAGGAUUUACAUAAGGCACUGAAAAACUAGAACACUUUGAUGUUAAAGUGUGACAGCGAAGGCUCUUUUACCUUUGAAUUCUUUGUUAAUUUAACAGCUAGGUUUUAUCUUUAAAGGAAUAGCGACUAAAUUCUCUCGAUUAAAGAUAAUAUAGAAAGGAAUCUACAGCUCAAUUUGUUUUUUGCGAAUAAAAAAUUCUCAAAAAUUUGCGUGGAAAAAUACAAAGAUGUUGCUACCCAGAAAAUAUACCAGAAAAAAAAUGUAGUUGGAGAAUGUACAGUUAAUAGUUUUAAAAAAGGGUGAGGGACUUGAAUGUAGAUAUAGCUAUAAGUAGAUGCUUACAAGUAUUUUCAAAAAUUUUUAUAAACGUAACAAAAAGUGCACAAAAUUAAAAUCCUAAUUUAACUACGUAGGGAUUUUAAAAGAUUUAUUUUAUUUCAGAAAAUAUAUGAUAUGUAUUUUAAGAGAAACGUGCUGUAUUUUUAUUUGAAUAAAGUUCAAAAUUCGUAGAUAUUUAUUGUUAUUAUAUAGCAGUUAAGGUGCUCAUAGAUUAGUUAUUUAAUAGGGCAUUGUUAUACAAAAGUUGUUGUUUUAAAUCCAAGUUGUAGGUAAUCAGAAUGCGAAGUGAAAUAGUUUUUCUUAAGUUUGCAGACGUUUAAAUAUUCAAAACACGUGGUAAGUUUGGGAGGAGUAACUUUAUAAGAUUAGUUUUGAACUUUGAUUAUCAAUAGCAGAUAGUUUUUUGAGUUAAAUAUGUAUUUGUUCCAAUUUAAGACAAUGUAUUAUUCAAAGAUUUUGAAUAAUGCUAGGAUAUCAGAAAGAAUAAGUCUGCAAUUAUGUUCAGAUAUACAUACAGUAUGGAGAUCACUCAUAUGACUUAAAUGAAACAACAAGUAGUACCUACUCGUCCACAGAAGCACAAUACAAUAAUAAUUAAUGACGAUUCUCGUAUUGACGUUUUGACGAAAAACGAAAAUAGUAAAAUUGAAAUUUCAAAUAAAGUAAAAACAUUAUUAAAUAUGUCAAAUAUUUAAUUUUGUCUGAACAGCUCCAUACACCUUGACCACAGAAGAGCUGUAAUGUUGUAGGUUGUCCACGAAUAUUAUAGACAUGCGGCGCGGCUGUUGCAAUGCCGUACCUAUGUUUAAAAGCUCAAAGAGAUAAAUGCACUUUUUGCUUAACUACUUGACCUAUUUCGCGUACUUUUCAUAUAUUGUCAGCCAACAUGAUGAUGAUGAUGAUUGUUAUAUAUAAUAUGGUUAUAUUUCGGUUAUAAAUAUACACAUAUGUAUGAGAAUGCAAUGUUUAAGGACACUUCUACUUCCCUUGUUGUCAUGGGAUCAUAGAGUUGUAACAACUUACCUACAUUUAUUUCACGAAACAAAGGACAAAUUUUGAGUAAAAUGUUAUCAAACAAUGAAGUAAAAUCUCAUUUACGUUAAAAUAUGAUUUUAAAACAACGAAAUAAAUUUAAAAUAAGGUGCUUACGUCAUCAGCGUCAUUUUAUGGGAUAGUGUCGCAAUCAUGAUCAGCUUUAAACCAUUGUGAUAGCUUGUAUAAUGAGAUUUUAUAUAUAAAACUGUAAUUGUAAGUUUCAUUUAUAUAUAGAUUUAAGUGGUUUUAGAUUUAUAGGUAGGUACUUUAAUACAGUCUGUGAAAUAAAGUGUUGAGAUCCUCUGAAACAGUUUUUAGGAAUUAAUAUUUCAUUGAAAAAUAAUUGAAAUGUAUAAUUUGGUUCAGUUCUGAUUUCUCAUUUGUUUUAUUGAUAAUAUUUCAUGUUUCCAACGUCUAAUAUUUUAUAUUAUGUUAAAAUAUUAUACAGUAUUUUAUAUAAUAUAUCAUUCUAAACUUCAAAUUAUAAUUUAUAAAUAUAUUCAUAAAUUGUUUAAUUUUGUUAUAGUUAUAUGUAAACAAAUAAAACAUACAAAUCGAAAAAUCUAUAUUUACAAAAAUGUUAAAAAAUGCUACGAAGUGCGUUAUAAUAGGAUUAGUAUUCUAGAUAUUAUUUUAUAAUAUUAAAUUAUAUAUAUUUUAAUAGGAAAUAAGGGUUUUCCUAUCUGUCCAUUGUUGCAGUUAUAUUGUACAGUAUAAUUAUAGUUAUAAGGUAAAUUAUAAUUAUAAAUUAUAAUUAUAUUUAUAAUUACGCUUUAGUGCUAAGGGUACGAGCUCAUACGUCACGGAUGCCUUAACUGUUUGACGUUUUUAUGUGCAAGAUUAUAAUAGAAUAUUUUGUUGAACACAAAAGAAAAUAACUCGUAAUGAAAAUGAAUAAAAAAAUGGUUUUGUCAUUA